AUGGGAGCCUGGCCCACAUCUGGUUUCCAGAAUGGAGGAGCUACUGUCAAUGGAGAUGUCUUUCAGGAGUCCAACGGCCCUACAGAUGCCUACGCAGCCAUAGCCAAGGCUGACCGGCUGACCCAGGAGCCGGAGAGCAUCCGCAAGUGGAGGGAGGGGCAGAAGAAGCGUCUGGAGGAGCUGGGUGAGCCCCAAAGCCACGCGUGGCCAUGCUUGUGGCACCUCGUGACGUUGCAGCCAGGGCCCUUGAGGUCCCUCACCUGGCAGUGACCAUCCUGCAUCUCAGAGAAGAUCGCUGACAAAGCCUUUUACCAGCAGCCGGACGCCGAUGUCAUUGGCUAUGUGGCCUCGGAGGAAGCAUUCCUGAAGGAGUCCAAGGAGGAAACCCCAGGCUCUGAGUGGGAGAAGGUGGCCCAGCUCUGUGAUUUCAACCCCAAGAGCAGCAAGCAGAGCAAGGAUGUCUCGCGGAUGCGCUCGGUGCUCAUCUCCCUCAAACAGACACCCCUGUCCCGCUAG